AUGGCUUCCGCACUAUUCUUCCUAGACCUCAAGGGCAAGACCCUUCUCGCUCGAAACUAUCGUGGUGACAUCCCCAUGUCAGCUGUCGAAAAGUUCCCUGUACUCCUUUCAGAAGCUGAGGAAGAUUCAUCUGCUGUUCCACCAUGCUUCUCCCACGAAGGCAUCAACUACCUCUACAUCCGUCACAACAACCUUUACCUUCUCGCCCUUACGAAACGAAAUACCAAUGCCGCCGAAAUCCUAUUGUUCCUCCACAAGGUCGUCGAGGUCUUUACCGAAUAUUUCAAGGCGCUAGAAGAAGAGUCCAUUCGCGACAACUUUGUCAUCAUCUACGAACUUCUCGACGAGAUGAUGGACUUUGGCUACCCUCAAACAACAGAAUCCAAGAUCCUUCAAGAGUACAUCACCCAGGAAUCCCACAAGCUCGAGAUCCAGGCCCGACCACCCAUUGCCGUCACAAAUGCCGUCUCGUGGCGAUCAGAGGGUAUUCGCUACCGCAAGAACGAGGUCUUCCUUGAUGUCGUCGAGUCCCUUAACCUGUUGGUUUCCGCAAACGGCAACGUCCUCCGUUCAGAGAUUCUUGGCGCCAUUAAGAUGAAGUGCUACCUCAGUGGUAUGCCCGAGUUACGCCUGGGCCUUAAUGAUAAGGUCAUGUUUGAGACAACUGGACGUGCUACCCGAGGUAAGGCUAUCGAAAUGGAGGAUGUCAAAUUUCACCAAUGUGUACGACUAUCACGUUUCGAAAACGACCGCACCAUCUCUUUCAUCCCCCCUGAUGGCGAAUUCGAGCUCAUGUCCUACCGUCUGAACACUCAAGUCAAGCCAUUAAUUUGGGUCGAGUGUGUUGUUGAGUCUCACUCAGGAUCCCGUAUCGAAUACAUGCUCAAGGCGCGCGCUCAGUUCAAGCGUCGCAGUACCGCCAACAACGUCGAAAUCGUGGUUCCCGUUCCUGACGAUGCCGAUAGCCCUCGUUUCCGCACAAACAUUGGAUCCGUUCACUAUGCACCCGAACAAAGCGCCAUUGUCUGGAAGAUUAAGCAGUUUGGUGGUGGCAAAGAGUUCCUCAUGCGCGCUGAGCUGGGCCUGCCAAGUGUGAGGGGUGAUGAUGAACAAGGCAAGGGUGCUAAGCGACCUAUCCAGGUCAAGUUCGAGAUCCCCUACUUUACUACAAGCGGUAUUCAGGUUCGGUAUCUGAAGAUUACCGAGCCAAAGUUGCAAUACCCUUCACUCCCAUGGGUGCGAUACAUCACUCAAUCUGGAGAUAUCGCCGUACGACUUCCCGACGCAGUCUGA